AUGACUCUGCUCACGGCAUUCAUUGCAGCCGCCUCUUUGCCUCUGGCAGAUCUUGCAAGCGCAGAAAGAAUCCUAGGUGCUUAUAUCUUCCAGCGCCAUGGUGAUCGCACGGCAAAGGCUCUGGCCCCAACCAAGCUGACUGAUCUGGGAUACAAUGAGGAGUACCUGAGCGGUAGUUUCUUUAAUGAUCGUUAUAUCUCGAGCAACUCGGCAUAUCACAUUGAAGGCAUCAGCUCCCCUGUCGUCAACUUAGCUCAAAUCGCCGCGAGUGCGCCGCAGGACAAUGUGAUUCAAACCUCUGGCCAGGCCUUCUUGCAAGGCCUUUACCCGCCUCUGGGCUCCUCGGCGAGUGAGAGACUGCGCAAUGGCUCAACAAUCCACUUGCCAUUAAGCGGGUAUCAGCUUAUUCCAAUGGGGGAUGUGCAGUCCGGCUCUGGCAGUGAAGACAACACUUGGCUCGAAAGCACCUCGACAUGCAGCAAAGCCACGCUGAGCAGCAAUGCAUAUUACUAUUCUACCUCGUAUGAGGAGUUGCAAUUGUCUACCAGCAAGAUGUACCAAUCACUCACUUCUCUGACCAACAACACCAUUCCAGCUAGCCAGAUGAGCUACAAGAAUGCAUACACUAUCUGGGAUCUGUUCAACGUGGCACUCAUCCACAACUCCACCUUCCCCAGCUCCAGUAUCCUAUCAGACAACUGGCAAGAGCUGUUUGUGCUGGCCAAUAUCCAUGAGUUUAAUCUCGCGUAUAACAGCUCGGACACAAUCCGCGCUAUCGCUGGUAUGAAUUUGGCCGGCGAAGUCCUCACGGCUCUCAAUAAGACAAUCGCCGGAGGCAAGACCAAGCUGAAUAUCCAAUUUGGUGCGUACUCAACGUUCCUGUCCUACUUUGGUCUUUCGGGACUCAGCUCGAUGAACAACUUUACUGGCAUGCCUGACUACGCCUCGUCAAUGGCAUGGGAGCUUGUCACGAAUGCCCCUGGCACUGGUAUUCCUUCCAAAUCAGAGAUCAACGUCCGCUUCAUGUUCCAUAAUGGAACAAGCAUCACGGGCUCUACGGAUCUGCAGGCCUAUCCACUGUUUGCUCAGUCGGCCGUGCAGAUUCCUUGGACACAGUUUGUCGACUCGACGAACAAGUUUGCGAUCACCUCCCAGCAGCAAUGGUGUCAGGUAUGUGGCAAUAGCACUGGUAUCUGCGCUACUACUUCCGAUACGACUACCAGUGCGUCCUCCUCUAAGGCAUCUUCUGGCGGUCUGAGUCUUGCGGAUGCGGGGGUGAUUGGUGCGAUGGUGACUCUGGGUGUCCUCGCCGGCUUGUCCGUCCUGCUGAUGCUGAUUUUCAAUCUCCGGCUUGUGCGCAAAAGUACCCUUGCCGCCAUCAAUCGCGGCUCAGAGGCCUCCCUGACGCCCGCGCCCGUCAAAUCUUCAUCAUAG